UCUGUACCCUAUUUUAUUUGGCGUAACGACGUUCAUAAAGGACAACGCUUUGAGCAUUUUGUGAUUUUAAGGGAUAUAUUUGUUGAUGAUUACCCCUCAGAUGGCCUUGCUGUGACGCAGGAAGGUCCGAAGCAGGACUGCGACAGUUCAGACACUGAUCCCUCGUACAACCGGGAUUCCCCGGUGAUAUCCGAAUCAGCGGACGUUGGCGACGAAACAGACAGGAAAGCAGAGGGCAGCGCGGCUGGCGGAAAAGAUGACGAAGCAAGGCACUCUUUCAGUGAACGACCCGACCAGGAUACGUGCGAAGUGUCGGAUCCGCAAACUGUGCGCAAGAAAAAGACGAGAACUGUGUUCAGCAGGAGUCAAGUCUUUCAGCUGGAGUCCACCUUCGACAUUAAACGAUACUUGAGCAGCUCCGAGCGAGCCGGACUGGCGGCGUCGCUUGACUUGACCGAAACGCAGGUGAAGAUUUGGUUCCAAAACAGAAGGAACAAGUGGAAAAGGCAACUGGCCGCGGACAUGGAAGCGGCCAACCUUUCCAGUUCGACGCAGAGGAUUGUCAGGGUUCCAGUUAUAUACCACGAAAGCUCCACACCUACGACUCUGGGUUUCAGCAUACCUCAAGUGUCGCCACCGUUAGUCGGCUUUUCAAGCACAGUGAAUUACCCCAUUUCACCAUUUCCCCCUUCCAUGUCGUUUAUAAGGUCGCAAAUGACAGGUCUCGUUUGAAGUUGGAUGAGAUUAUUCGGACUGGUACAUAUCGGUUUACUGUUUAAUCAACAGCGUGCAAUAACUCACACCAUGGAAAGAGCGCGUGCUACAGGAAAGAGCGCGUGCGUUUUCUGAAUCCAGAUGAAACAAACUGUCUUUUCUGGAUCCAUGAAAUAUACGUCUUUUAUCGCAAUAAAUAUUACUUUGGAAGAAGACUAAUGAAAUAAAUGUUCCAGAAAGUCUAGGUUGUGUCACGCUCACGAUUCAAAUGCAUUUUAACAUGGGAAAUUCCUUCUACGUUUUCCCCGUCUGUCACUUUUCCCACAUUAGCUAUAUCAGUAACUUCAAAUAAAAACACAUUCAUGA